GAUACGGCUAUAAUGAGGUACGGCUCCUCAAUUCAACUCGGACCCGCCAACGUGCACAAUAUUUACCAUCGCCACUAAACGUGAUUUCUUGCACAAACUCAAAUCCACAUACUUUUCCCGCUUUUCCAUAGCUUCACACCUUAGAUCCCACCACUCCUGAAAUCGCCAGUGACCCGGCCUCAUCCGCCUGUUUUAUCACUGACUCCGCCGGCACCGAUGAGCCGAAAUUCUUCCAAAAUGUUAACUGGACGGGAGAGCUUGAUCCGAUUGGUCGGGAAGCGAAGGCGAUUCCUUCCCAAUCGUCAAUCUUUACUUGCCAUCGCCAUCCAGGGCUCUCUUAAUCUGUGUACCGAUAAUGAUAGAGUUAUUUCCACGGAGAGUGAGAGGAGAUUUUCACAGAGUAAAAUGGCUGGUUUGACAUCGGGGGAAGAUGAGAAAAGUCCGCUUGAAAUAUCAAUUCGUGAUUGGGUAACGUGCCCUGUUUGCGGGAGUAGAGUGCGUGGGGAAGACUGUUUGAUUAAUUCCCAUUUGGAUGCAUGCCUUUCUAGUGGAAAAAAGCGAAAAAUGACCCAACUCACCCUUCUCGAGUUGAACUUCUGCUCACAAACGAGCAGUCUUGUGCAGAAUGCUGUAAUCAACUCUGAGAACUCUGUUGCUGUUGAGGAAAAUGACAGUAAUCUGUGUAAAUCACUGUGGACUACAAAGUCUGUUCCUGUUAAAAAUGGGAUGGCUAGUUCAACUGGGAAACCAACAAAUGGGGAUAGGAUCAACUUGGCAGUUGGGCCCUCUUCAUUGCCCCUGAAGGAUGGGGUGUCCACAUGUGAUACAAUGACAACUGUAGAUGACAUAUCAGGGGUAAUUCUUAAAACUUCCAUUGUUGGCCGUAGGUUUAGUAUUGUGAAGGAUUUAAAUCAAGGGGCAAAAAUCUCCCUUUUGAGAGACCCAGAUAAUACUAAGGAUCCAAAUGCAAUCAAGGUUCUUUUGGCAGAUUGCACACCAUGUAAAGUUCUUGGUUUUCUCCCUCGAGAGUUAGCCCGACCUUUGUCCCCUUUAAUUGAGAAGUACUCUCUAAUCUUUGAGGAUUUCUUGCAGGGACAUGUGACAUCUGUUCCAAAACUUUCUCUUGAUGCUGUUCCAAUUCAAAUUGUGUGUUGCAAAAAAGUGAUAUCGCAUGGUGAUAGGGACCAUAGUGAUGUUAAAGCUUUCACAUCUUUAUGGAAAAAUGUUCUUCAUGCAGUUGAAUCUGCAAAGAAUUGUGCAAGUAGUGCAACAAAAUAUCAGCAGAACUUUUGUUUGUUAAUGCAAGAGGUUUUGAGAAGCAAUCAUCACAUUUUCACUGAUGAUGAGAAAAAUUUCAUGGAAUCAUUUACUUCUCUUUCAGAUGAUAGUCAGAGGCUUUUUGUUCGGCUUUAUACACGGAAAGGACCAUGGUUUCGGGUGUCUAGUAUUUCGUACCCUGAAGUUUCGGAUUCUAAGCAGGCAAUCAAUGAUCUUUCUGCAAUAGGUUAUAUUUGUUCCUUUGCAGAUCCAAAAGAAUUACAAAACAAUGACAUGAAAGAGAUUUUGAAUUUGCUCACCAUCUCUAAGCUGCGUGAAAUUACAUACUUAUUGAAGAAGAAUAGCAGCCCUGGUACUAGAAAGCAGGAUCUUAUUGCAACACUUUUAUCUACCUAUAAGGAUAAAAAGUGCUUAUCCCUACCAAUUGCAAUUUUUGAUAGAACAGGAAUGUGUAUCAAGAUAUCUUCAAAAGCUGAAUCUCUUAUUUGGCGUGUUGAGAGACUUUUCUUCUUGAAUGGAGAUCAGGAUCUAUCAGCAUUUCUGCUAGUUGAUUUGGGAAUAGUUAAGUAUCCAACUUAUUGCUGCAAUAUGUCUGAACAGAUUUUCUCAACUCGAAGUGAUCUACUAGCUUACGAAGAGGCAAUUGAAGUGGCACAAAUAAUGGAUGAAUCUCUUGAAGAAAAUAAUAAUGAAUUGGUUUUAAGAUGCAUUGAGAUAGCCGACUCCCGUAUGUCCAACUCUUCUGCAAAAGCAACUCAAUCCAUGGCUAUAUUUCUUUCACGUUUUUCAGCAUCGUGGGUAUACUCAAAAGUGGUCUUUCUAGGAAUUUCCUUUCUUGAGCAUGAGCGUAGGUACAAAGAUGCAGUCAAUUUGUUGAAGCAAUUGCUUGCUUGUUUUCCUUGUGAUGGAAGGAGAGGUUAUUGGACACUAAGAUUGUCUAUUGAUUUGGAGCACAUGGGCUGUUCCAAUGAGAGCCUUUCAGUUGCUGAAGAUGGUUUAUUGGAUCCAUGGGUACGUGCUGGUUCAAGAAUGGCAUUGCAAAGGCGAGUUCUUCGCCUAGGAAAACCUCCAAGGCGCUGGAAAGCUCCUAGUUUUGUGGGUUCUAUCAGGAGGAGGAUCAAGGAGGUUCAUAUUCUGGGGAGACCUUUGAACUGUGAAAUAGGCAAGAAAAGCAGGUUCUAUGGAGAAAAUGGGGAGCAGUGUGGAGUCGAGCAGCUUGCUUUGCAGUAUUAUGCUGGCGAAGGAGGUGGAUGGCAUGGUGUUCAUGCUGAGAGUGGCAUUUGGCUGACAAUUUUUGGGCUUCUUAUGUGGGACGUUAUAUUUUCUGAUGUACCAAAUGUCUUUCACAACAGAUUUCAGACUGCUCCCUUGGAUUUGGAGACUGAUGGCUUCUAUCCAGUUAGAAAGAGCCUUAUAGAAACUCACUUGCAGAAAAUUCAAGAUGGUAUGGCUGAGGAGAUUGUCAUUACAUCAUGGGAAUUGCAUUCAGGAACAGCUUGUCUUGGAGUUGACUGGGGCGGGCAUUCUCUCUCUGAACUUCGGGCUGUUGUUACCUGCAUUGGAGGCCCUUGUUUGGCCUCACUCUGCCGGCAUCUUGCCCUAGAUUAUCGAAGCUGGUCCAGUGGAAUGCCAGAUUUGUUGCUAUGGCGCUUCCAUGGAGAAUACAGAGGUGAAGCCAAGCUAGUUGAAGUCAAAGGUCCCAAAGAUCGUCUCUCUGAGCAGCAGCAAGCAUGGUUAUUGCUGUUAAUGGAUUGUGGGUUCGAUACUGAAGUUUGUAAAGUUAAACCUAUGCCAUCAGUCUCAUGAUGUCAUGUUGCUACACAUGGUAUCGAAAUAUAGAGGCUUGACUUUGGACUCCUGUAUGAAUCCAACAACCAAGAGAACUCUAAGCCCAAGACCUUCAAGAAGCUUAGUAUUAAAAGAGUCCCAAUUCCUAAACAGCCUUGGAAGAGGAUAAAAUGCUGGUUCUUAAUGUCAAGGGUUCUACCAUGAAGUGCCAUUUAGCUGAAGCGUCUCAUACAUGAUUCUUGCAGGUAAACUACAAGCUCUUAAAGUACCUGCUACUCUUCUGGAGAUGACAGUGCACGUCAUACUCCCUGACAUCAGUAUCUUGACUCUAUUCAUGUGAUGGUAUCAAAAUAACUGCUUUUAUUUUUUUUGCCCCUCUAAAUGAGGCUGAGACACAGUUAGAGUAACAUCACCUCCAAAUUGACGUUGCUUCCACCAUUGUGGUUCAACGUUUAUAUAUAUUUUUUUUCUAGUAAAAAAAAAAAAAAUUGCACCAAAACCACAAGGUUUGCGGUAAGUCUGAGUUUGGAUCCAAAUGC